AUGUCUGGUGAUGGUGAUAGAAAAUCCUCAAAAGGUUGGCAGUUUUUUAAGGACCUCAAAAAUGAUAAAGCCAAAUGCAAUUUUUGUCAGAAAGAAUUUUCAUACAAAGGUGGUGCUUACAACCUAAUCAAACACACAAAAAGCAAGCAUCCACAAGUGUUUGUGGCUAUACGUGAAUGUCCGAUUGAAAAUAUAACUUCUUCUGCAAUAGAAAUCCAUAAUUUGACAACACAUUCCACUGAUUCGACAGCACAAGAACUUGAGAUGCCUACUGCUUCCACAUCUACUGCUUCAACUUAUGUCAUGCCUGAAACAUCUGAUUUCUUACCUGCCACCACUGAAAACACCAACCUAUAUAAAAAAGCUCCAGCCACUAACACCAAACUAACACAGUACUUUUAUAAACUGCUUUCUGCUAAAAAAAACUGA